AUGCUUGCUGAUCCAAAGGAGGCACGUGCAAACAUCACAGAAGUGCAUUUCUUUAAUCUAGUGGACAAAUGCACUGCAAUUACGUACAUUGAUUCUGAUGGCAACUGCGGCGAGACUAGUUCGACGUGGGCUCUUACUGGAGAAUCACUUCCUGUCACCAAGAGGAUAGGUGAUGAAGUCUUUUCUGGUUCAACAUGUAAGCAAGGAGAGAUUGAAGCUGUAGUGAUAGCAACCGGAGUUCACUCUUUCUUGGGAAAAGCUGCACAUCUAGUUGAUUCCAUUGAAAGUAUUAGUCAUUUCCAGAAGGUGAUUAAGAAACCUAUCAUUGUUGAGCUAUGCCUCUUGCCUUGUACAUGGCAACUUAGAAAUACUGCAACAUGGAGUAGAGUUCCAUAAGUAAUUUAAGACUAUGUAAAAUGCAAGAAAUUUCACACCAGGACAAGG